AUGAGGGGGGCGGCGCUGGUGGCGCUGGCGGCGGCGAUGGGCAACAUGCUGCAGGGGUGGGACAACGCCACCAUCGCCGGCUCCCUGCUCUACAUCAAGCGCGAGUUCGGCCUGGAGGCGCACCCGGCGCUGGAGGGCCUUGUGGUGGCCACCUCCCUCAUCGGCGCCACCGUCGUCACCACCUUCUCCGGCCCGCUCUCCGACUCCAUCGGGCGCCGCCCCAUGCUGAUCGCCUCCUCGCUGCUCUACGCCCUCGCCGGCCUCCUCAUGCUCUGGUCCCCCACCGUGCACGUCCUCCUCCUUGCCCGCCUCGUGGAUGGCCUCGCCGUUGGCCUCGCCGUCACGCUCGUCCCCGUCUACAUCUCCGAGACGGCGCCGCCCGAGAUCCGCGGGACGCUCAACACGCUUCCGCAGUUUACCGGGUCCGGGGGCAUGUUCCUGUCCUACUGCAUGGUGUUCGCCAUGACGCUUGCGCCCAGCCCGGACUGGCGCGUCAUGCUCGGCGUCCUCUUCCUGCCUUCUCUGCUCUACAUCGCCGUCGCGGUCUUGUACCUGCCGGAGUCGCCGCGCUGGCUGGUCAGCAAGGGUAGGAUGAGGGAGGCCAGGGUCGUGCUGCAGAUGCUCAGGAACCGGGAUGAUGUGGAGGGCGAGAUGGCGCUCCUCGCCGAGGGGCUCGGCUCCGGCGGCGUCACCGCCAUCGAGGAGUACAUCGUCGGCCCGGCGCCUGUCGACGGCGACGAUGAUGAGUUGGGCGGCAAGUCAGGCGGUGUCACGCUGUUUGGACCGGAGCGCGGGAUGUCGUGGGUGGCGCAGCCGGUGCCGCUCGGCGGGCAGGGCAGCAUGCUCGGCAGCGCUAGGCAGUCGAGGCAGGGCAGCUUGCUAGGCAGCGCCAUGGGGCUCUCGCGGAUGGGCAGCAUGCUCGACAACCUCCAGGACCCCGUCGUCGCCCUUCUCGGCGGCCUCCACGAGAUGAACAGGGUCCCACCUAAUGCCGACGGCGGCGUCACCGGCACCACGCUCUUCACCAACUUCGGCAGCGUGCUCGGAGACCACCCCCUGGACUGGGACGAGGAGAACGCAGCGCACAGCAGCGACGACGACGACGACGAACAUGACAAUGAUGGUAAGGCAUCGGCGGACGGAGGCCUUCGCGCGCCGCUUCUGGACAUGCGGCGACAGAGCAGCCUGACCGGCGGAGAAGGGAUGGCGAGCACGAUGGGCAUCGGUGGCGGGUGGCAGCUGGCGUGGAAGUGGACGGAGGGCGAAGCCGGGCCGGACGGGACGAAGCAGACCACUGUGCAGCGGAUGUACCUGCACGAGGAGGGCGCUGCCACCGACGGCCACAACGUGCACGCGGCGGCGCUUGUCAGCAAGUCGGCGCUCUACACCACCACCACCACCACCACCAACGAAGAAAACCUCCAACACGAGCAUCCGAUCAUGGGCCCAGCGCUGGUGCACCCCGCGACAACGGCGGCGAAGCCUGGAGCACUGUGGCGGGAGCUGCUGGAGCCGGGCGUCCGCCACGCGCUGUUCUGCGGCGUGACGCUGCAGAUCCUGCAGCAGUUCUCUGGCAUCAACGGCGUGCUCUACUACACGCCGCAGAUCCUGGACCAGGCCGGUGUGAGCGUGCUCCUCGAGGGCCUCGGCCUCAGCUCCGACUCCACCUCCAUCCUCAUCUCCGGCCUCACCACGCUCCUCAUGCUGCCCACCAUCGUCGUAGCCAUGCGGCUCAUGGACGUCUCCGGCCGCCGCAGCCUCCUCCUCUGGACCAUCCCGGUGCUCAUCGCCUCCCUCGUCGCGCUCGUGGCGGCGGACAUCGUGCCCAUGGCCACCACCGCGCACGCCGCCAUAUCCACCGGCUCUGUCAUCGUCUACUUCUGCACCUUCGUCAUGGGCUUCGGCCCCAUCCCCAACAUCCUCUGCUCCGAGAUCUUCCCGACCAGGGUGCGCGGCCUCUGCAUCGCCAUCUGCUCGCUCACGUUCUGGCUCUGCGACAUCAUCGUCACGUACAGCCUCCCGGUCAUGCUCAACUCCGUCGGCCUCGCCGGCGUCUUCUCCAUCUACGCCGUCGUGUGCUGCAUCGCGCUCGUCUUCGUCGCCCUCAGGGUGCCGGAGACCAAGGGGUUGCCGCUCGAGGUCAUCACCGAGUUCUUCAACGUCGGAGCCAAGGGCCUCCCCAAGAUCGACGACGACUGA